AUGCCUACUGCGACCGCAACCACCACCGCGCCCUCCUCCGUCCUCGCCCUCAAGGCUUCCACCACCCUUCACUCCUCCUCCUCGUCCUCCACUGCAGCCACCCUCCGCUCGCUCUAUCCCCGCGCCGCUCGUGCGUUCCUACAGCGCGAUGUCGCACUCACACACUCCUUACUAUCCUCAGCUUUCUCUAUCCUGAGCUCGCCGGCCUCUGUCGUGUCCGUGAACGAUGCGCUUGCGUCUCAACGUCGCAAAUGGGACAUCCUCCGGGUCACCUUCGAGACCACCCUCUACUCCUCUCCACCCGCCGCGCAGGAUCCGGAGAGCCUGCCAUCGGCUCUCCGCACGAACUUCAUGCUCUCUCCUGAGCCGUUUAUCGCCGCUCUGCACAACCGCUCCCUGCUUCUCUUCACGCCUGCGGAAUCUCCCCAGAAGCCAUCUUCUGCUUUCUUGCCCUCCCAAAUCCUCAUCACGCUCGUUUUGGCCAGCCUCAAGCUAGACUGCAUUGAUGUUGGACGAAACGUCAUCGAAGAUUGGUUGGCGAAACACGGUCAGGAAGAUGUCCCCGAAGACCCGAAGGGCUACGCCAAAGUCAUCGAGCUGUACUGUCUACAUGUUCUACCACGUCUGCAGGACUGGGAUUACGCAGAAGACUUCUUGGCGUAUGAGAGGGAACUUCCUCAUGAUGUCCGCCAGCAAUAUACCGCAUCUCUCCGCCAACUGCGCGCCGAGGCAGCCGCGGACGCGCGCGCACAAGCUGCAGCCCCUGCAGUCCCAUCCCCGUCCUCGUCCGCAUCGUCCUCACGUUCCGCAUCGCCUACACCGUCCGAUGCUUACUCAUACGCGUCUUCCUCAUCCGCGCGCACCGCGACUCCACGCGCCGUCACCCCGUUCACCCCUUCGCAGUCUUCCACCCCAAAGCCGCAAGAGCACGCGAGCGAGCGUCGCUCAACACACUCGGCGUCGUCACAAAGUGUCGCGAGCGCGGCGACCGAGCGCACCAUAACUCCUGCGUCAGCGUCACGCGAGCGCGCAAAAGCGACACGCCCGGCGCGCGCGCGUCUUGCGAGCAGACAAGCUGGCUCGCGCUCGCGUUCCGCGGGGACAACAGGGCCAACAUCGUCCAGCUCAUCCGCAUCGGUCUCGAUUCCGCCGCCGUCGGCGGUAUUCCGCGAACCUGGGACUGCUUCAGGGAGCACCGCACGUGCGCCCUCGACGCUGGCGCUGCUGCGCGCAUCGGCGCACGGCCUGCUGCAGGGUAUGUCGCGUGCGCGCGCGUUUGCGUGUGUCGUGCUGUUCGUUGUGCUCCCCCUCGUGUCAUUCGUACUCCGGUUGCGCAAACGCCGACUACGAGUCGGAGGUACAGGGGGAGCGGCGAACGGUGGGACGGUCGAUGCGGUGCGGAGGCGGCUGAGGGGCGCGGAGGCGCAGAGGGGUGUUGUGGGUCAGGUGUGGGAGGAGAUCGUGCGCGCUGUACUUGACACGGUACGGAUGGCGGGGAGGGGGCUGGUGUAGAGACGGCAUGUGUGUGCGGUGUGUGUGUCGUUUGCUCGUGUGGUAUCUUGGAUACAUGUCUACUCAUUUGUGGAGUGUUAGUACCGCCAGCUACACUAUGCAUAAUACAGCCAUGAUGGCGCCCUUUCUGCACG